AUGAAUAAGUUAACACCGUCACAAUGGAAAGUAGUAAACAGGCCAUAUGAACCGGCAUCUACGUUAAAAGUUAUUGCGGGCCCAGGUUCAGGAAAAACAUUAACGCUACUAUACAAAGUAUUACAUUUAGUCACUGUGGAGAAUAUCAAGCCAGAGGAAAUAUUGAUAUUUUCUCUAACAAACAAAGCAGUCGAUAAUAUAAUAGAGAAUUUGUUGUCUGUCUUCGAAGACUCGCAUACAGAUAGGGAUAAUAUUAAGCAGAUUGGAUGCUACACUGUUCACGGGUUGGCAAACAAAAUUGUUGUAGAGAAUGAAGGGAUGAUAAACAUUAUAGAAGAAAUAGGUUGGAGAGGGUUAAUGAAGUUGCUUCCGCCAUCCAAGAGAACCCCCCACCAUUUCAGAUCAUACAAAGAACUAGAAAAAGUUGUUAAGGAUUACAAGUUAAAUGGUGGAAGGAAAAAUAACCCUGUUAUUGCAAAACUAGUUAAACUUAUGGAUAAUUGUAAAGUGAUGACAAAUGAUGAUUUGAUUAUUCGUGCAAAAAAAUACUUAGAGCUUGAUCAUUCUCAGUCAGACACUUCAUCGUCUUUCACUCAGGAUCUUCAAAAAAAAUACAAAGUUGUUCUUAUCGAUGAAUUUCAAGACCUCUAUCCAAGUUUAGCACCUUUGAUCACCAUAAUUUGUAAAGGUAAGCAACUUAUCAUGUUUGGUGAUACAAAUCAGAGCAUAUACGAAUUCUUGGGGAAUAACAGCCACAUCAUGUCCCAAUUAGACAAUUUACAUCCAAAACACUCUACCACUGUUUUAAAACUGUUUGAUAACUUUAGAUCUACACCUGAAAUUAUCUCUCUUGCAUCAAAUAUCAUAAACCGUCCGCUAAUAGAGAAACAAGUAAUCGAUGAUACUGACGUAACACCGUCAGAGCUAGUUCGCAAGCUUCCUAGUGGUGUUUUACCUCAAUUAGCGUCAUUCGAUAAUUUAGCCGCAGAAUCCGAAUUUAUAGUUGAUAAAAUUACCCAAUUAAUUUGUUCUUCUGUAAGAUUUUCCGAUAUUGCAAUUUUAUCAAGAACAAAUUCACAUUUAACAACUUUAGCCAAUGUCUUAAGAAAAUAUGGUAUUCCUUAUCAAAAACUGAAAAGUCAACCCGAUUGGAUGGACGAUUUACGAAUUCAGUUUCUCUUAGAUAUUAUGAAAGUGUGCUCUCUAGCAUCCGACGAAAAGCACAGUCGUGAGUUUAAUACUGGUGCUAAAUGGCAAAGCGAUUUCAGCAUUUUAGUCACAAUGAGUGCUAUCAAGGGGGUUGGAGAUGCUUCAAUACAAGCCUUAUAUAAGGCUUGUGGUUUAAAAAACUUAUCUAUUUGGAAGUACUUAACCAUGGUCCCCAAUUUUGAAUGGCCAUUGGGUCUUUCCAUAAAGAAAAAAAUUGAAAAUUACACGUCAAAUUUAUAUGAAAUGAUCGAAAAUGAUCAAGUACAUCAAUUGGAUGAUCCCAUGGAGCUUUUGGAAAAAGUUUCUAAUAUCGCAAGUAGCUUAAAUCUAAAUCCCAUCUACUUACAAUCCAUAGGCGACUCGCAAUCAUUAUCUGAAUUUAAAACGCAUUUGCAAGAAAUGGCUCAAGUAAUGAAAGUCUCGAAAUCUAAUAAACCCCCAGGUAUAUCAUUUGUUAAGUGGUUUUUAGAGACAUAUUUUGAUCAAACGAUGGUCUUCCACCAGGCCAAUCAGGCAUUACAAACGACCGGCCCGGGGACAAUAAAACUAUCUACGAUUCAUUCUGCAAAAGGUUUGGAGUUUCCCAUAGUGUUUCUAACAAAUGGGAAUACGUCCAAUUUUCCGAUGGAUACGAAUGCUCUUUAUGUUGGGAUGACCAGGGCAAGAAACUUGUUGUAUAUAUGCAACAUGAAGCACCAGAAAAUAGUUAGUAAGCCAUCAUCGUAUUCGAAACAUAUAAUGUCUAAUGAUUUCUUUUGGACUUACUACAAUAAGGACUUAAACCGAUCAACUUUUGGCGCUAAGAUGGCGUAUGGUUAUAAUUUACAGCGCUAUAAUCAUUUACGUAAAAAUUUUGGAUUUUAUAGAGCAUAUUCUUCAAUGAAUUGUUGUAAGAGAAUUCUUAAGCGUAUAUAG